GAAAGGGAUGGAAAAUAACGGCAGUGUUCGUCGAUUCGGCGAUCUCCUCGUUAGGUGUUCGAUUCCGUCAUCAUCCCUCGCGCGCAGAGAAUUCGUGGGAUCGUGAUCUCUGCUUUGCCUAGUCUGUUAUACAGCUGCAGAGUGUUGCCUGUACCUCGCAAACUAAUAUUCCCUUUUUUGGAUCAAGAAGGUGCUAUAGACUUGGAGUAUCUUUGUUGGUUUAUUCUGGGGAUUGACGUGAGGAGGUGCGAGAUGAAGAGGAAAAGAGUGCCUGAGGAGGAGAUAGCGGACGACUACUGCUUCGUCUGUAAGGACGGAGGACAUCUCAUGGUCUGCGAUUUCAAGCAUUGUCUUAAAUCUUACCAUCCUGAAUGUGUUGGAAAGGAACCCUCAAUAUUGGAGUCCGAAGAAAGUUGGAUUUGUGACUGGCACUCUUGCUUUAUCUGCCGAAAGAAAUCUGCCUUUCAAUGUUAUUGCUGCCCAAGCUCUGUAUGCCGACAUUGCUUGAAGGAUGCUGAGUUUGUGAAAUUCAAAAAAAGGACAAAAGGAUUCUGCAUUAAUUGCUUAAAGAUAGCUAUGUUAGCAGAGGAGAACAUAGCUGUCGAUUCAGAUGGGGAAAAGGUUGAUUUUAAAGAUAUUGAGACCUAUGAGUUCUUGUUUAAAGAAUAUUGGGACAUAAUAAAGGAUAAGGAGGGAUUGACAUUGGCUGAUCUUCAGUCUGCAAAUGCUGCCCUUAAAAGAGGCAAACAUUUAACGGGUGAAUCUGACUCAGACAAGCUUGCUGAAGAGGAUGCAGGAUAUGAUGCUUGUGAAAAUGAAGCAGAUGAUGAUGAUGAUGAUGAUGAUGAUAUAUUACCUCUUGUGAAUCUGAAACGUGGUCGUGGUAGACCAAGAAAACAUCUAGCAAGGCCUAAGUCAAAGAAAAGAGUGUUUCUUGGCUGGGGUUCCACUGAGCUUAUCAAUUUUCUUACGUCGGUUGGGAAGGAUACAGAAGAACCUAUUACACAGUUGGAUGCAAAUGAAAUUAUAAAAGAUUACAUACAUAAAAACAAUCUUUUUGAUCCACACUCCAGUAAGAAAAUUGCUGUACUAUGUGAUGAUAAACUGUAUGCAUUGCUUGGGAAAAAAAAAGUGAAGUAUUACAAACUAUACAGCAUGCUGGAGAAUCAUUUCUAUGCAACAGAUGAAUCAGAUGAAGAAUUAUCUAUCAGUUCAGAAGAGGGUGAUCACUCAAUUAGAAGAUGCAAGAGGGAAAAAAAGCCAUUUGAGAACAAGAAUCUUAACUGGCAUCCGAAGAGCUGCCAAAAGAAUGCAUUUGCACCACCUGAAAUUUGUUAUGCCUCCAUAGUUGGGAAGAACAUAAAUGCAGUCUAUUUGAAGAGAUCUUUAUUUGUAGAACUUCUUAAAACCCCUGACACUUUUGAUGGAAAAGUCACUGGCUGUUUUGUGAGGGUGAAGCUUGAUCGCAAGGAUUUUGAGUUUACACCAGCAAAGAUGUACAAACUGGGUCAGGUUUUAGGUGUUAAGAAGUCUUUAGAAACGUACAAGAUUGGAGAAAUGCUCACCGACAUUGUUCUCUGUGUUUCUAAUUUUCAUAAGGAUGUUCAGAUAUCCAGGUUAUCGGAAGAUGAUUUUGAGGAGGAAGAAUGUGAAGAAUUGUGCCAGUUGGCUAAUAAAGGCCUCUUUAAAAGAUCCACCGUCACAGAGUUUGAAAAGAAGAUCAUUAGUAUUCACGCCGACAGAAUGAAUCAUUGGAUAGAUAAAGAGAUUGUGAGAUUACAAAGAUUAAUAGAUAGAGCAAAUGAUAAGGGAUGGCGCAGAGAGCUAUUUGAAUAUAUCGAUCAAAGAGAGAAGCUUAAAACAUCUGCUGAGCGGCAGCGUCUUCUUCAAGAGAUUCCGAGAGUGAUUGUUGAUACCCAACCAUUCGAAGGAAACACCCAGAGUCCUAUCACAGAAAAGAAAGAAGAUAAAGCAGUGGAAACUACUAAAUCUGACAUGGCCACUGGCUGUGAGGUUGUUGAAGUUGAAGACUAACCGAGUGUUGCCUUAUCCAAUUCUCAUUCAGAUUUUUUGGAAUGAUUGCUCCCGCUCCCAGUACCUUUGUUUUUUUCUUCACAUUAUACUGUGUGAUAUUUUGCUGUUUCAGAAUGAUGAUAAUGGUGGGAACUGAGCAAUUGGGCUAAUGACAUCUACACUAUGUUCUGACUCAAAUUUAAUGGUGAUAUCAGAAGCUAAAGGUCACUCUUCUAGUUCAA